AUGGCGGGCUCCUCCUCCGCCAUCACGCUGGUGCCGGCCUCGCAGCAGACGCCAGAGUCCCUCGACAGCGAGAUGGCCGCCUUCCUCACCGAGGUGAAGACGAUAUUCGACGCCGAGAAGCUCUCGAGCUCGGACCAAAUCGCGCGGCUCUUCCGGCCAGGCGCAAAGUACUUCAACAUGAACCCGUUCGAGGUGCUGGGGCUGUCGCACACCGCGAGCGUCGACGACGUGCGGCGCGCGUACCGCCGCAUGUCGGUGCAGGUCCACCCGGAUAAGAACCCGGGCAACGACCUCGCGGCGCCCGCGUUCGAGAUCAUCAAGGAGGCGCACGACCGGCUGGACGACCCGGAGCGGUUCGCCUUCUGCGCGCGGAUCUGCGCGGCGGCGCAGGACGCGGUGGAGCGCAAGGUCGCCAAGGAGAAGAAGCGGCUGCGCAAGGAAGGCGCCAGCGAGGUUGUGCCCGAGGAUGACCCGGCGACGAUGGAGCUGCAGAUCAAGGUGAUGAUCUCACGCAUGUUUGCAGAGUUCGAGCAGCGCAAGGCGCAGCUGGCGGAGCGCGAUAAAGAGAUGCAGAAGCGGGCCAAGCAGGAGCAGGCCGAGAAGGAGUUCAUGGAGGCGCUGCAGAAGAAGGAGCAAAAGAUGUGGGAAAAGUCGCGCCAGAAGCGCGUCAACGGCUGGCGCGCGUGGGCGGGCGGCAGCUCGAGCAAGACGAUCUCCAAGAUCCCGAACAAGGUCAAGGAGGAGCGGCGCAAGGACGGCACGUCCGGCUACAACGAGGCCCAGGACGAGCGCGGCGAGUCGUACAAAGAGGAUUGGCCAUGA